CAUUUUACAGAAACAAUCAGAUUUCUCAGUCGUCUUUGAAGUUUCAGUGUUUUCACGUCGUCACAUUUUGUUUCUUUUUUGGAAACUAGCUCAGUGAGCUCAUAGAUUUCUGUCAUUUUAAUAAUAAAGUCACAUCGUUGCCCAGAUAUAAGAGGACAAGAUUAAAGCGUGCAGCGAUAUAAUAACCCACUUAUCCCUCUGCUGCAUUCUUCACUCGCUCACAUGCGUGUGUUGCUCACUAAUUGGAUUACUACUAUAGAUUUUCAAAUCCACAACAAUAGGAGGGAAAGCCUGGAGCGCAUGUGUCGGUGGAUGUUUACUGGCGUGCAAAUGUGGGCGUGCACAGAGGGUGUUAGUGUGCACGGGGGGAGGAGAUCCAGGCAGGAGGCUGCAAGAGCUGCGAGCAGAGAGAUCAGUGACCUGAAACAAGACAAGUGUGUGUUCUGAAAAAUGCCUUUUGGAGAGAAUCUCAAAGCAUUUUGUUAACAGACUGACUGACUGACUGUUUGGCUGGAGGCCGAACAUCCUGACCGGUUUUUACAUCAGCAGACCCGUCUCCAUGGCAACAAAACCUGCAGCCUGGCAGGAACCAGGUCCUGUCAACUCAUCAGACGGGCGGGUCAAUGAGCGCCGGGCACGAGGUGAAGUGGAUGCAAUCAUCAGCUGCGACUCAAAAAGGGCUCCCAGAGCAGAACCCGAGGAGGACGUGGACGUCCAGGAGCCUGAAACUCUGGCAGAGAACCAACAAACACCCUCAGGAAGAAGCCACAGAGCUGACGCAGCCAAAUUAGAAGAUCAGGAAUCAACGAGGAUUAAUCUUAGCGCCCCGAGGGAGACACGAGAGACGGUGACAGAACUAGAACAAGUUGCCCAACUUGCAGCGUUAAAGACUCGAGAAGAAUCUGUCGAUCUCUACGACAGCUCUCCACCUCCCUUCAGCGCUUCAUCAACGGAAGAAUUUUCAGAGAAAGGCGGCUUCUGCUGCCUGGAGUGGAUCAGUGACGCCGAGGUCAUCUCAGAAGGCCUCACGUCCCCUGACGGACGCAACCGUCAAGAGCUCACCGAGCCAAUCCACAGAGAGGAGAUGACGGGAGAUAAUACGACGACAGAGGAGGACGUUACACCGCUGAACGCCUCACCAGCUGCAGCUGCUGGAUUCAAUCCAACCCAUCCUUCUCCCUCUGACAGCUCAGAUGACGUGUACACUCUGAGCUCGCCUCCUUUUGCUGAUGAAAGUGAGGAAGAAGAGGAAGUGAGCACUGAUGUCAUGUCUUCUCAGCAGCAGUGUUGCGAGCCUCUCCAUUCGCCUGCAGUUCCCUCAUCCAGACAGCAGAAGGAGCUGUUGACCCAGAGCCAAUGUGAAUUUGACCCCGAGGGAGCAAAGCAGGAAGCUGCACAACAGGUGCUCGGCCAGCACUCUCCACCUGUGUCGACCGUUGCCAUGGAGCCGUCCAAUCAGGGCGGGGCAGCUUCUCAAGGCUGUGGUUGUGUUUUAGCUGUGAGAGAGAGGCAGAGCAGGGCGGGGGGAAGGACGCAGGAAGAAAGCCAGCAAACAGGUGGAGAGGGAGGGCAGAGAGAGGGUGGACUGAAGAGGAACAAGGCGGCUGGGCAGCAGCACGGAGGGGAAUACUCAGAAACUGUCCAAAUCCUUCCACUGGAGACAGAAGAAGACAGAUCAGUGUCUUCUGAAGACAGCAGGAUGGAGGGGGACUCGUGUGAUGACAACCAGAGUGACAGCGGAGUUUCAGCAGACUUCUCCCCAUGCAGCACGUUGGAGGCUAACACCACCAUCUCCACAGGCUCUGGACCCAAAGAGACUCCCAUUGAGAGGGAAAUCCGACGGGCUGUAGAGCGGGAACACAGCCUGAGAAGAGCCAGGGGUCUUCCAAAUCCACCCAAAUCACCAGAGUAUGUAGAGAUCCCUCUGAGGAAGAGUGUCCUCAACCAGUCUGUACCUGAGAGGCUGAGUCAGGGCAAAGACAGGCAGCUUGCAGGCAAGAAAAUGCAGCAUGAGAUCUACGAGGAGAUCCAGCGGGAGCAGGAUCUGGUCAGGCUUGGGAAGAUUCCAGGUUUCUAUGACAAAGGCUCCGUACGGCUACUCAAAGAGAAGAAAGAGCUUUUUGAGGCUUUUCAGAAACCCGAUGACUCAACAUUGCCUUUGUCACCCAGGAGUAAGCUCACGUCCUGGUCUUCUGCCGGUGCCAUGUCAACCAUAGAGAACCAGGAGGACAUCUCAUCACCGGUGUCCAUCUUAGGAGGCUCAUAUGAGGGGAAGACUCCCACACAAAACCCUCGAGACUUCUCAGAGACGAACGGCUGUCAGAUCAUGAUCAUAGAGAAUAAUCUGAGUGUCCCGGGAACGAAGCUCCACCGCCCAGAACCAGAGGCAGAGCCCGUCACUGUAGUGGACUCUGGAGGCCCUAACAUUUCAUCACCCAGGACAGGAGGGCAUGGUUGGAUUGAAGGGAGAGAGCAGGAGAGGGAGGAGGAGGAAGAGGCAGAGGUGAGACCCAAGCAGAACCCCUUUUUCAAGCUGCGCCCUUCAACCAACGUAGUUAAAGUGGAGCAGGAGAUCCGGGAGGCCGAAGAGAGGGAGAGGGAGCUCAAGAAGCAGAGGAUGAGUCUGUACGGGGGCAUGGGGAGAGGAGGAGGACGGGGACAAGCCAACGUCAAAGGAAAGAGUCCCACGUCUUCUCCUUCAAUGAAUGGACUCGCUGUUCCUGACUCACCUGGCUCGUCAUACAGGAGAAUAACCGGACCUCCAGCAGUACGACAGUCGGUUGGCAAGUUAGGCAUGUGGCCCCCGGCCCAGGCUGAGGAGGGGAAGAUUAACCAGCCAGAGAGUCCCCGGACACCCCGACAGAAAAACCCGCUGGUGCUACGCUGGGAGUCAGGCCUGAUCAACGGACACCAUGAGGAAGACGACUGAGGAGACGAUGACAGAGCGAGGACGUGGAGGAGGAGGCGAGGAAGGCUGAACGAGGCCUGUAGGGGUUUUUUAAGGCAGAUUGUCAAAUGAAAAGGAGAGCAGUGUAAAGGAAGAGGAGGAACGAGAGAAUGUGAAGCAAGAAAGAGGUCAGCGAUUGAGGCUACAAAGGGGGUCAGGAGGAUUGGGAGCAAGGAAAAGGAGUUGUCUGAAA